AUGACCACAAUGAAACUGCCUCAGCCGAUCCCGGAUCGCCUCAAGGAUAAAAUCGCGCUAAUCACUGGCGCUGCUGGCAACAUCGGCUUCGAGACAGCUCGCUGGUUUUUGUCCGAGGGUGCCAAAGUCGCUCUCAUCGAUAUUCAAGCGACCGCCUUGAACGACGCGCUAAAGAAGUUGGAAGAUUCCUUUCCUAGCACAGAAAUCACAGAGCGAAUUUUGACAAUACAAGCGGAUGUUACAGAUCAACCUGACGUAAAAAGAUUUGUGACACAGACCGCAGAGCAUUUUGGCGGCUUAGACAUUGCUUUUUUCUGUGCGGGAAUAUCGUAUUCAUCGACCAGUAUCUUAGACACCGAUGAUGAGUUAUGGGAUAAAAUAAUUAGAGUAAACACUCGAUCUGCCUUCCUAGGCAUCAAACAUGCCGGCAGCGUCAUGCGUGAUUCGGGAAAGGGGGGAAGCAUAAUCCUCGCUUCUUCAAUCGCCGGCCUGCGCGCUACACCAGGGCUGUGCGCAUAUUCCAGCGCCAAAUAUGCCCUACGGGGACUAUGUCAGACUGCGGCCGCCGAGUUGGGUCAAUACCAAAUCCGGGUAAACACCGUUCACCCGUGUGGUGUGAAUACGCCCAUGUUUCAAGCUACUUGGCCGCCGGAGAAGAUGCAACAAAUGCUGUCGACUGUGCCGUUGGGUAGGUGGGCGGAAGUCGAAGAUGUAGCUGCUCUUGUGUCUUUCUUGGCUAGUGGUGACUCGCAGUUCUUGACGGGAGGCGCGUUGAAGGUCGAUGGGGGAAUUGUUUCAUCGUGAUAGAUGUAUAGUAAUAGAUAAAACACAUUGCCUAGGA